UACAUACGCAAAGAGUGAGACACGUGACUGGCGCGAGGCGAACUUUCGAACUUGUAGAGUGAGACAGUUAGAGCGUAAAAAAAGUAUGGAACAGAUAAUUUUUAUGAAAAACCAUGGUUGAAUCAAAGGGAAGCAACGCUUGGUGCGUGCCGUCAUUCGACUGCGAGCCUGUAAACAAGCCCCUGGUGAAGCGUGCCAAAACAGCGAGAUCGGACAGGACGCCGCUCCACAGGUCGUCCACGCAGAGCGAUUUCAAGAGAAAGAAGCAUGAAACGAGCCUGUCGAAGCUGCUUCAGGCCUGCGAGCCUCAGAAGUCUUCCGAACUGGCGAUCAGCAGGCAGAAGCAGAACGAGAUCUCCAGGUGGCUUCAGGACAAGUCGAAGGGACAGCCCUCCAUGCUGAUCCUCUCCGGACCUUCCGGCUGCGGCAAGACUGCAGCCGUAAAAUUGCUCGCCAGGGAGAAUGACUUCGAUGUCGUGGAAUGGAUUACGCCGGUCGAUCCGGCUGAGGAUGAGAAUAGUAACAGUCAUCGCGUGGUGCGACAAGGCGACAGGUUCGAGGAUCAUCUGAUCCGUGCGACGCGUUAUCACACAGUGUUGGGUGACUGUUCCAAACAACUGCUCCUCGUCAAGGACCUCCCGAACGUCUAUCAGGAGGAUUGCAAAAGCUUCUUCGAACUUGUGGAAAAAUAUUUCCAAAUAGGAAGAGAACCCGUGAUAUUCGUUUGCACGGAGACCGGCAAUUCGAAGCUGAUGCGCACUUUAUUUUCACCUGAUGUAAGGGAGAAGUUCGGUAUUGACCUGAUAAAUAUAAACGCAGCCACGCCUACCGCGAUGAAGAACAUGUUGAAACGGGUGUCCGGUACGUUGAAUUCCAUCGCCGGCGACAUGCUGCACGUCUCACAGCGACACAUCGACGAGAUACUGUCCAACAGCAUCGGCGACGUACGCAGCGCCGUUCUGAAUCUGAUUUUCGUCUCUCUCAGAGUGCCUGAGGGACACCUGAAAAGCGAGUGCGGGAUACGGGAGGAAACCUUGGGUCUGCUACACGGCAUCGGCAGAGUCACGAAUCCGAAAAGAAAACCACACGGCGACUCCUUCAAGUUCGAUCACGAUCCCGAAGAGAUAGCGGCGUUCUUUCAAUCGCAUUCGGUGGUGUUCGUCAAAUUCCUGCAGGAGAAUUAUCUGAAUACAAUAAGAACUUUGGAGGAAGCCGCUGUUGCGUCUGAUAUAUUGAGCCUAGGUGAUGUUCUGAAUUCCGAAUGGCGUGAUCCCAAUUUGCGUAAAGUUGCGUUGUCGUACUGCAUCCGUGGCUUGAUGCUGACGAAUGAGAAGCCUGUGACUGCCUGGAAUCCGGUGAGAAAGCCGCGGGAUGAUCACAGUAACAUACGAAGGUGCUUGGUGACGGCAGAAGCGCGCUGCUACGAAGCCAUAAUUAAAUCCAUUCCGAAGGAAACGAACGAGACCCUGAAUGAAGACGAGGAAACAAUUAUCGAGGAAGAUUAAACGUUGCGUUACAUAUAAAAUACUUUUUCUACGAUUGUUCUUUCCCUUCAAUGAUUUUUUUUUACUAUGAAAUUAAUAUAUUAAUAUUUUAUAAGUUAAUGUUUUAUAUAAAAAUUAGCUACAAAAUAAAAUCAAUUAAAUUCCAGCAAUUAGUUUAAUAAUUAAUUAAACGUGUCGUUUGUUGUGAAAAUUUUGAGUUACAAUUGUUAAACCCGCCUUUUUUUUAUCACGUAUCAAUAAUGUAGAAUUUUAAACUUUGUGCCGAAAGACUCGAAAGUAUAAUGUUGAUUGUAGGACAAUGAUAAAGAGCAGAACUUAAAUGAA